AUGGAGCAGCAGAAACAAGCCCAAAAAAUGAUCGCUAAUUCUGAAAGGAGAUUUCAACCAGCCAAAGUAGGGGGCACUGUGAUGGUUCCUGUUCCAUUAGUUGACCGCGGAAGUGCAGAGUUUCCUAAUGUGAAGGCAGUUGUUUUUCAGGCAUUGGACAUGGCACAUAGAAGCUUGGAUUCCAUGAUCAUAAGGUUUGGUAUUUACGACAGUAGCAGAGCAAAAGAUAUACUCUACUUAGAUUUCCAAAAGGCCUUUGGCAGAGCUCCACACAAGAAACUAAUGACAAAAGUUGGAGCUUUAGGAAUUAUCGGAGAAAUAUCAGACUGGUUCGAAGACUGGCUAGCUAAACGAAAACAGAAGGUAAUAAAUGGUGAAGAAUCAGAAUGGACAGAUGUGAAAAGCUGA